AGUUGAUAGACUUCGUGUGGAGCAUAAAAAGAAGCUUCCUUGAAGUAGCGGUCACAUGUUGCUUGCUGUUUAUUUCACCGUGGAUCCUGGACAAGCCAUGUUGUGUACAACCAUCGAGUAUGCAUAAUCAAGUUUGUCAAUUUCUCUAUUGACCCAUGUUUAUCUAUUUCAGCAAGUACAAAGCAUGGAAAGUAAACAAAUUAACCAUGCACGUAACAAUACACAAGCAUUUCCUUGUGCGGCCGGCCUACUGCCCAUUAAAAAUUAUCCUAGAUUCAACAUCCAUAACUAACUACUUUAAUCUUAUCUAAAUGUAAAGCGAAUAUCAAUCCAAAGUGUAGGGCAUUGAUGACUGAUGAUGUUUAAUAAAAGGCAUUUACUGGCAAUGCAAAUGCAGUACAGGACAACAGUGAAGAAAGAGCCAGCUAGCUAGCUACUGUUAGUCAGUUGGCAAAGUCAUGUUCUUGUUGUGUUACAUUCGAAUUGGAGUCAUGCAGUAUGCAAUGGAGGGCGCAACUUUAUGCCUUUCAAAUAGAAACAUGGGCCUAAUGUGUUGGGACAUGCUUCUACCCAAAGUGUAGUACUGUAGUAGGCUACUUCCUGGUAUGACAUUCAUUGCAAAGUAUGCAGAUGCCCCUUCCUGCCCCCAGGUUGGUGCUCCUGUGUAUGUAAGUAUAUACUGGGUGGUUCAGAAAAGCUUUUGAUCUUUUUACAUUUCGAUACAAUUCAUCUUUGACAGCUGUUUAACCAAAAUACUCUAUAAACUUCCCGAUAAUUUGCUUCUGUGUUGUUUUCCCCCAGUGAGUAAGUGUAAACAACUACAAUGGAGGGGGUUCUUCUGACAGUUUUUUUUAUAGAGAGAAUAGAAAUGCAAAGUUUGACCUAAAUAAUUGUCACUCUGUUAACAACAGGUGGUGCAAGGCUGCGAAGGUCAGAUCCAGCACUGGGCGAAGGUAAAGGGUGACUAUGAAACCCUCGAGGAUCGACUCAAAACUCUUCCAGAUCAGGUGUCCUAUGACAUCAUGGUGCCAUUUGGCCCUCUGGCCUUCAUGCCUGGGGAGCUGGUCCAUACCAAUGAGAUCACCGUGCUGCUGGGGGACAACUGGUUUGCAAAGUGCUCUGCCAAGCAGGCCCAGAAGCUCGUGGAGCACAGGAAGAAACGGGUUGUUGUCAUGGACUUGCUGUCAGACAAACCGAAAAAGAGAUGUAAAUAGUGCGCUGGAUGACUUGCACAAGACGAGGAAGGACUUUGAAGCCAGAGUUGGGUUUACAGAGGAUUUAGAAAAACUCUCAGGCGCUAAAGGGGACUAUGUGGACAUCAGAGAAGAGGUUGAAAGUAUUGAAGAAAUGGUCAGCAAAGGAAAGCUGCGUGUGGCUCUUAAGCCCCACUCUAAGCCCAAGAUGGAGGCUGUUGUGAAGAUAGAGGAGGAGGAGGACGAAGAGGGCAGUGGAGAGGGAGAUGGAGGGAGCAGGAGAAGAGUGCUGUCCGAGGAAGAGCUAUGGGCCAGACUGGAUGAGCUGGAAGCGCAGGAGGAGCACGAAGAGGAGCAUCACCGGCGGUUUGACAGUGCAGACACCAAUGGCAACGAUGACACAACAUCCUCUGAGGAAGAGAAGGAGGGACGUAGCGGCAGCCAUCAUCGUGUCAAUGGACAUGAUGAGAGGAGCAAAGGCAGGGCGUUUGUGCCUUACAAUGGCAGCCAACUCAACAGUACAGCUCAGUCAACCAGGGAGGGGGAUGAGGAGGAAGAUGAAGCAGAGGAGGAGGAAGGCGACUGUUUGCCUACCAUCUAUUUCUCUCAUACGGUGGAACCUAAGAAGGUGAGGAUAAACACAGGGAAGAACACCAUGUUGAAGUUCAGUGAGCUGAAAGAACAGAAGCAGCAAGCCAAGAGGAAAAAGAAGAACGGCACCAGCAACGGUCACUCUCACCACGGGCUCCACAACAUCACUACGCCCACAGACCUCUACAGGUUGUUUGUGGAUGUGAAGAACGGCGAGCCCAUCCCCAGGAAGUCAAUCCUGAAGUCCCGGAGCAGAGAGAGCAGUGUGUGUAGUGACACCAGCGAGAGCAGCGCUGCCGACUUCGAGGAGCGGCGGACGUUUGGACGCACUCUGAGCCAUGACGAGAACACAUACAGCGACACCAGUGACGGCAUCACGGAGGAGGACAGCCCCACCGGGGUCCUCCUACAUCCCACCAGCAGCUUUCAGGCCUUUUCAGGCACGGUGGUUGAGAAGGAGCCCAUUCCCUUGUCGAUCCCCCAAUUCACCAUUGCUCUGCCAGCGCUGCCCACCAUCCCAGAGAGGAAACUGGAGGAGGUGGCCCCCGAGGUCCCCCAAGAGGCCCCAAAGAGGGUGUCCAAGUUCAAAACUGCCCGGCUGAAGCAGAAGUGACCCAGAAGAGCCAGUCUCCAGGAUCCACACUACGGGCUCCUUUUUUUAACAUUGAUUUUCUAUGCCAACACUUUUUUGAGUUGGACAGACCGUGAACCCACCCUAUGAUCUGCCAUCCCUCUUAUUUUUUUGGCAUCACUCUUCAAGCCUCUCUUCUUCUCUUUCAUAAUGCUUUUCCUGUUAGUACACAUUGCAAUAUAAACAAUUUGCCUAACUUUGUUUCUCAACAAAGCAUAACUUUGUUGAGAAAGCAACCCAACACACUCACUCUUAACCAUUUACCUGCCUUGUAUAAUGGAACAUCAAGCUUUUUAGCAAAUAGCCCCAUUAUUUAUGAAUUAGUACUUCACCGCAAUAUGUUUUUAAGUAAAGAGGUAAUUUAUUUCGAGCCCUCAUCCUCCAACAUUAUGGCCCUACAUUAGUCAACACUGCCUAGGUGCGCAUUUUAUGGUGGUUGAUCUUCUGUCAGUGUCUUGACUAUACUCUGACAAAGCCAGUAGUUUACAACUCUAUUCAUUGUUUGAUCCAUGAUUUUGCCUGCUAUGCUAAGAUGACAUACUCUGCAUCAUUCAAUUUAUUUUUGCCUUUGCCUUUCUUAAUUAUUCUACGACAGGGUCAGAUGUCAACUUCCCUUUAUUUCCUCAAAUCCCCUUGUACCUGCCUAUUGAAUGUAUGUCCACCUGACCAGCUUUAUGUCAAAAAUAAAUAUUGUUGUAAACUGGAAUUAAAAUAAAAGAUUUUUG